GCGGGCGCCUGAGCGAGCGCGGCAGCCAGCCGGGGCCAUGGCCAGCACGGCCGUGCAGCUGCUGGGCUUCCUCUUCAGCUUCCUGGGCCUGGUGGGCACGCUCAUCACCACCAUCCUGCCGCACUGGCGCAGGACGGCGCACGUGGGCACCAACAUCCUGACGGCCGUGUCCUACCUGAAGGGGCUGUGGAUGGAGUGCGUGUGGCACAGCACGGGCAUCUACCAGUGCCAGAUCUACCGCUCGCUGCUGGCGCUGCCCAGCGACCUGCAGGCGGCCCGCGCGCUCAUGGUCAUCUCCUGCCUGCUGUCGGGCGCGGCCUGCGCGUGCGCCGUCAUCGGCAUGAAGUGCACGCGCUGCGCCAAGGGCACGCCGGCCAAGACCACCUUCGCCAUCCUGGGCGGGGCGCUCUUCAUCCUGGCCGGCCUGCUCUGCAUGGUGGCUGUCUCCUGGACCACCAACGACGUGGUGCAGAACUUCUACAACCCGCUGCUGCCCAGCAGCAUGAAGUACGAGAUCGGGCAGGCCCUGUACCUCGGCUUCAUCUCCUCGUCCUUGUCCAUCAUCGGCGGCACCCUGCUCUGCCUGUCCUGCCAGGACGAGGCGCCCUCCAGGCCCUACCCCGCCCCGCCCAGGGCCGCCACGGCCACGGCCACCGUACCCUCCUACCGGCCACCCGCCGCCUACAAGGACAACCGGGCCCCCUCGGUCAUCUCGGCCACGCACAGCGGGUACAGGCUAAGUGACUACGUGUGAGUCCCCGGGCCUGUCCCUCCCUGAGCCCUGAGAGGGACCGGGACCCGGGACCCGGGACCCUGGCACAAAGUUUACUUCUCGGCUGCUUUUGUGCCUGAAAGGAGAAUGUGAACGUGAGGAAAUGGACUUGGAGCACAGGGAACCAGGGAAAAUACGAGGAGAAAAGCUCUGUAUACCAAAGACUAAAAAAAAGAAACUCUCUGUUUUUGUAUUUAUUUUAUGUAUUUAUGUGGGUGAUUUAAAAACAGCUGAAUUUAAAGCAACUUGGGGGUUUGGUCAGUGGGAUUUGCGUGCGAUACAGGAAUAAACCUUUUGGAUGCAGUUGUUUAUGAGAUGGGCAGUACUCGUUUCUGUUCCAGGCUGUGGCUCUGCCUGCGAAGGUGCUGGUAACCACGGCGC